UCGAGAACGACACACACAGUGGAAGCCGAGGGGACGAGGGGCGAGGCCCGAGGGCCAUAGCUACGGCUUGUCUCCGCCGCUGUCAAAUCAAACGCGCCAGCUCCCCGAGUAGCGCAGAAUGGCAACAUGCUUUCCCAGUUUCUCGAAUUUGUAACCAAAAGUAGUGUUAGGACUAGGCUCCACCAUACUAAUGCAACUCGCCUCGAUCUCGAUGUUUGUCAUCUACAUUCAAUUUUAGGGCCGACGGACACAUCGCCCCUUUUCAGGUUCUUUCCGCUUUCUUUCUUUGGAAUAAUCCCGAGAGAGACAGAGAGAAGGGCCGCCUUUCCCCUGCGCUUCCGUUAUUCUUCUUCGUUUUCUACCAUUUCCGUCGUGUCAGCGUAUUCGUAGUUUUGUGAAAGCAGGGAGAUGGCGCUGGAACAAGCUCUGGAAGAGCUGCAACUACUCGAAUCGCAGCAUCCGAACCGGUUCCACUACCUAAAGCUGGAGCUCAAAUCCUUCAUAUCCUUUCUUCAGUCCCAAACCAUUGGUUCCAUCGCCGCUCCAGUUCCGCCGGCGUCUUCCACGGCCAGCGAUCGAGCUUCAUCAACGGGUAAGAAGAGGAAGAGAUGUUCCAGUGGGAUGGGGAUCAGAAUGGUGCAGAAAGUUGAGCGGGCUGAUGAUGGGGUCGAGGUUGCCAUUGAAAGGGCUCGAGCUUGCCUCCGGAAGAUUCAGCAGUUCAAAACCAGCUGCUUUCAUUGAUUAUAGUUAUCUGUUCCAAAUGACUGGUUUUGAUUCCUCUUUGCCUUUGUCGGGGUACGUUGUGGAAUGGGGCCACACAAGACCUGUUUUCUCUGGGUACUGUAUAUUUAUGUAAGGAUGAACAUUACUUACUUAAGGAGAGACAAGUAAACAGUCUUCUCCCCAAGAGGUGCACAUUUCACUAAGUCAAAAAGCAUGUUUUCAAGAUUCUCCCAAGCGCAACAUUCUCCUUGUAUUUUA